GAGCAACAGCCUCCGUUUUUCUCUUUUUUUUUUUCUCGAUUUUUUUUUCUCUUGUGCAUAGAAAGAAGAGAAAGUGCGAAAAGGUGAGACGUUUGCGCUUACGGAUAAAGAUUGACAUCCAGAAAUCUAUCAAAUCAUACAUACAUCGAUCACGCCACAUAGUCCUAUUAAAUUCGACAGAUAUAAACCGUAUUUAUUACACGCUACAAUUCGACAAGCACGACGGAUAUAAAUACAAGACAAUAUAGACAUACUUAUAAUAGAUAGAUAUAUUUAUAUAUAUAUAUAUAAAGAAAAAGAAGAAAAUAAACUGGUCUGUCUUGUUUAAUGAAUGAUGAUCUUCAUCUAUCUAUCUAUCUUAAACUGUCUUUAUAUAUAACCGCCAAAUAAAUUAGUCAUGUCGUCUUGAACUCGUCGAUUUCAAUCAAAUAAUAGAGUAAUGGCUGCUCAAAGGGUAAUUUGUGUGAUGUCAUUUCUUGACGUUCGAUUGAUAAUGAGAUUUAUUUAUUUAUUUAUUUAUUAUAUUUAGUUACUUACCGAUACAAAUGGACCCUAUUAUGGAAAUGGUAGUGGAGAUUUUUCAACAACAAAUGGUCCCAAUGGUAAUAACAAUAUGUAUCAACCAACAUUUACUAAUGAAACAUCGUCAUCAUCCCCGAUUCCUCAUCAUCUACAAACUCUUCUUGGACCUAUCGGUGAAUCUUCAACAAAUACGAAUCAUGCGAACAGUGUAAAUGCCGAUAAUCAAAUAAAACAACAAAAAGAUAUGAUCUACAGCCAUCCAUUAUUUCCUUUAUUGGCAUUAAUCUUUGAAAAAUGUGAAUUAGCAACUUGUACACCAAGAGAUUCUGGUGGAGCAGGAGAUGUUUGCUCAUCUGAAUCAUUUAAUGAUGAUGUUACGGAAUUUGCUAAACAGCUUCAAAAAGAUCAAAACUAUAUAACAACAAAUCCGGAAUUAGACAAUGUGAUGAUUCAAGCAAUACAAGUAUUACGAUUUCAUUUGCUUGAAUUAGAAAAAGUUCAUGAAUUAUGCGAUAAUUUUACUCAUCGUUAUAUAACAUGUUUAAAAGGAAAAUUACCAAUGGAUUUAGUAAUCGAUGAACGUGAUUCAAAUGUUUCAUCAUCAAAAUCAGGUGAUGAAGAUGAUCAAGAUGAUGAUCAAUCAAGUCCUCAACCGCCAUCAGGAUUUCCACCACAUCCACCAACAAGUUCAUCACGUUCAUCAUCUUAUAAUCAACAUAGUCCAGAUGGUUCAACAGCAUUAUUUCCUCAUCCAACUAAAUCACUUCGAUCAUCAUCAUCACAAUUAACACCAUUUGUUUCACCUCAUCAUCUUGGACAUCAUCCUCAUCAUCUUCCACCACCAUCAACAACACAUUUUCAACAACAAUUACCUCCACCACCUCCACAUCCAUCGUAUUCAAAUCAUCUUGUUGGUCAUCAUUCAUCACUUUUAACUCAUCCACAACAACAGCAACAACAACAACAACAACAUUUUCAUCAUUCAAUACAUAAUGAUGAUACACAAUCGACACAUUCUUCGUCAGAUACAAAUACUCCAAAUCCUAACCAACCAACAAUGAUCAAUAUGACAAAUACUAAUAAUAGUUAUCAUAGUUUACAUGACAAUAAUAGUGAAACGGGUGACAAUUUUGGUAAUAGUGUUGGUUCAGGUGAUGACGAUGAUCUUGAUGAUAAUACAAAAAAACGUCAAAAAAAACGUGGAAUCUUUCCAAAAGUUGCAACCAAUAUAAUGCGAGCAUGGUUAUUUCAACAUUUAACUCAUCCAUAUCCGUCCGAAGAACAAAAAAAACAAUUAGCUCAAGAUACUGGUUUAACAAUUUUACAAGUUAAUAAUUGGUUUAUUAAUGCUAGACGACGUAUUGUUCAACCAAUGAUUGAUCAAUCAAAUCGUGCUGCCCAUGCUCAAAAAGCCGCUAUACCAUCGGAAUUUACUGAUUGUUUUGGACCAUAUUCUCCUGAUGCAGCUGCAGCUGCUGCUAUGCAUUAUCAAUUUAGUGGAGGUUAUCCAACAGCACCUCAUGAUAUCUUUGGAUCUUACGCUCAAAUGUCACAAUUUCGAAAUCCAAUGAUGAUGAUGUAUCCAGGUAGUUAUCCUGUAUCAUCAAGUCCAACUAGUAUGAUGGAUCCAAUGGGUCAUCAUCAUCAUCAACAACAAGAAUCAUCAGCAGUUACAAGUGGAGCUUCUUAA